CUGUUCUCAGAGGAUGUUGUCUGACCCAGAUCCCCCUCCAGAGACUGUCAGCAUCAAUAAGGCCAUUAAUACACAGGAAGUGGCUGUGAAGGAAAAACACGCCAGAACGUGCAUACUGGGCACCCACCAUGAGAAAGGGGCUCAGACCUUUUGGUCCGUUGUCAACCGACUGCCUCUCUCUAGCAACGCGGUGCUCUGCUGGAAGUUCUGCCAUGUGUUCCACAAACUCCUCCGGGAUGGACACCCAAACGUCCUGAAGGACUCUCUGAGAUACAAAAAUGAACUGAGCGACAUGAGCAGGAUGUGGGGCCACCUGAGUGAGGGGUAUGGACAGCUCUGCAGCAUCUACCUCAAACUGCUGAGAACGAAGAUGGAGUACCACACCAAAAAUCCCAGGUUCCCAGGCAACCUUCAGAUGAGUGACCGACAGCUGGACGAGGCUGGAGAAAGUGAUGUUAACAACUUUUUCCAGUUAACAGUGGAGAUGUUUGACUACCUGGAGUGUGAACUAAACCUCUUCCAAACUGUGUUCAACUCCUUGGACAUGUCCCGCUCUGUGUCAGUGACAACAGCUGGGCAGUGCCGUCUGGCCCCACUGAUCCAGGUCAUAUUGGACUGUAGCCACCUCUAUGAUUACACUGUCAAGCUUCUCUUCAAACUCCACUCCUGUCUCCCAGCUGACACCCUGCAAGGCCACCGGGACCGCUUCAUGGAACAGUUCACAAAGUUGAAAGAUCUGUUCUACCGCUCCAGCAACCUACAGUACUUCAAGCGACUCAUUCAGAUCCCCCAGCUGCCUGAGAACCCACCCAACUUCCUGCGAGCCUCUGCCCUGUCAGAACACAUCAGCCCCGUGGUGGUCAUCCCAGCCGAGGCCUCGUCCCCUGACAGCGAGCCAGUCUUAGAGAAGGAUGACCUCAUGGACAUGGAUGCCUCCCAGCAGAAUUUAUUUGACAACAAGUUUGAUGACAUCUUUGGCAGCUCAUUCAGCAGUGAUCCCUUCAAUUUCAACAGUCAGAACGGUGUGAACAAGGAUGAGAAGGACCACUUAAUCGAGCAGCUCUACAGAGAGAUCAGUGGGCUGAAGACGCAGCUGGAAAACGUGAAGACUGAGGGCCAGCGGGCCGUGCUGCAGUUGAAAGGCCGCAUCAGCGAGCUGGAAGCUGAGCUAGCUGAGCAGCAGCACCUGCGGCAGCAGGCGGCCGACGACUGCGAGUUCCUCCGGGCAGAGCUGGAUGAGCUCAAGAAGCAGCGAGAAGACACUGAGAAAGCUCAGCGGAGCCUCACGGAGAUAGAAAGGAAGGCCCAAGCCAAUGAACAGCGGUAUAGCAAGCUAAAGGAGAAGUACAGCGAGCUGGUUCAGAACCAUGCCGACCUGCUGCGGAAGAAUGCAGAGGUGACCAAACAGGUGUCUGUGGCCAGACAAGCCCAGGUGGAUUUGGAACGAGAGAAAAAAGAGCUGGAGGGUUCCUUGGAACGCAUAAGUGAGCAGGCCCAGCGGAAAACUCAAGAACAACUGGAAGUUCUAGAGAGCUUGAAGCAAGAACUUGCCACCAGCAAACAGGAGCUCCAGGUCCUUCAAGGCAGCCUGGAAACGUCUGCCCAGUCAGAAGCAAAGUGGACAACCCAGGUCACUGAGCUAGAGACAGAGCGUGACAGCUUGGUGAGUGUGGCGGCUCAUCGGGAGGAGGAACUCUCUGCUCUUCAGGAACAGCUGGAACACACCCAGCUCAAGCUGGCCAGUGCACAGGAAUCUGUGUGCCAGCUUGCAAAGCAACAACAGAAAACACUUCUGGUGGAGUCCAGGAAGGCUGCGGAGCAGGUGAUACGUGAGGCCUUAAGCCAGCUUGAGGAACCCACUCUCAUCAGCUGUGCUGGAUCUGCAGAUCACCUUCUCUCCACGGUCAAGUCUGUUUCCAGCUGCAUUGAGAAACUUGAAAAAAGCCGAAGCCAGUAUCUGGCCUGCCCAGAAGAUAUCAGUGGGCUUCUGCACUCAGUAACACUGCUUGCCCACUUGACCAGUGACACCCUGGCUUAUGGCAGUACCACCAGCCUUAGAGCCCCGCCAGAGCCUGCCGACUCAUUGACCGAGGCCUGUAAGCAGUAUGGCAGCGAAACCCUCAUUUACCUGGCCUCCCUGGAGGAAGAGGGGACCCUCAGGAAUGCCGACAGCGUGGCCAUGAGGAACUGCCUCGACAAGAUCAAGGCUAUUGGCGAGGAGCUCCUGCCCAGGGGCCUGGACAUCAAACAGGAGGAGCUGGGGGACCUGGUGGACAAGGAGAUGGCUGCCACUUCAGCUGCCAUUGAGGCUGCCACGGCAAGGAUAGAGGAGAUGCUCAGCAAAUCCCGAGCGGGAGACACGGGAGUCAAAUUGGAGGUGAAUGAAAGGAUCCUUGGUUCCUGCACCAGCCUAAUGCAAACUAUUCAGGUCCUGAUUGUGGCCUCCAAGGACCUCCAGAGAGAGAUCGUGGAGAGCGGCAGGGGUACGGCAUCCCCUAAAGAGUUUUAUGCCAAGAACUCUCGGUGGACGGAAGGACUCAUCUCAGCUUCUAAAGCUGUGGGCUGGGGAGCUACCGUCAUGGUGGAUGCAGCCGAUCUGGUGGUACAAGGCAGAGGGAAAUUUGAGGAGCUAAUGGUGUGUUCGCAUGAAAUUGCUGCUAGUACAGCCCAGCUUGUGGCUGCAUCCAAGGUGAAAGCUGAUAAGGACAGCCCCAACCUAGCCCAGCUGCAGCAGGCCUCUCGGAGAGUGAACCACGCCACUGCUGGGGUCGUGGCCUCCACCAUUUCUGGCAAAUCACAGAUUGAGGAGACAGACAAUAUGGACUUCUCAAGCAUGACACUGACGCAGAUCAAACGCCAAGAGAUGGAUUCCCAGGUGAGGGUGCUGGAGCUGGAGAAUGAGCUGCAGAAGGAGCGCCAGAAGCUGGGGGAGCUCCGAAAGAAGCACUACGAGCUCGCCGGCGUCGCUGAGGGCUGGGAGGAAGGAACAGAAGCAUCUCCACCUACACUGCAAGAAGCAGUAACCGAAAAGGAAUAGAGCCAAACCAACGCCCCAUAUGUCAGUGUAAAUCCUUGUUACCCAUCUACGUGUUUGUUAUUUCCCCAGCCACGGACCAAAUCCUUGCAGUCCCUGUGGCAGCCGCACCACUCCCAAUGACCAGUGCUGAGAAGCAGCAUGACCCUUGCAAAGACUCCCUCCACAGUGACACGCUUCCUGCCUGAACCCCCCACUUCUGUUCUUUCCCUGCCUCCCUAGUGUCCAGGCUGGCCUGUGUUGCCCAUGAGCAAGCCCAGGUCCAAAGAGGAGGGAGGACAGGGCCACCAAACAGAGGACCUCCAUCCAGUCCCACCUACCGUUUGGCCCCUCAACAAUGGGUGUCCUUAUUAGAGGGGCCUCUUGUUGGUGAGAGCUUGGAGUGGGGAGAUCUUACACAUUUUCUCUUUUGUUUUCUUCUCAGUCUUUCCCGUUUCAUCAUUUGCACAAACUUGUGAGCAUCCGAGGGCUGGUGGAUUCCAAACCAGGACACUAGCCUGGCCUGUGCACAGCAGAAGGACAGCAGGAGUGUCCUGGCUGAGAAUACUGACGCAGUCCCCCCUCUAUUUGCAAUUCUGUGGAUUCCCGCUGCUUCUUACAGUGGUUGGUUGGGCUUUUUGGUUUUAUUUUUUAAAGUUUCACUCACAUAGCCAACUCUCCUGAAGGGCAUGAUGACCCUGGAGCUCUGAGUCCUCUGGUGCCCACAGCAUGGCUGUCCCCGCCAUGGUGCUGCUCAAGCUUCCCUUGGUGCUCACCUCAGCCUCGUGCCCCGCCACCCGCCCGUGGCCACUCUCCAGGGUGGGUGGAGCUGCUGAGUGAUAGCUUUCCUCAAAGGCAGAAGCGGAGCGAGUGCCUUUCCUUCCUAAACCUGGAGCCCAGCUGAAAGCCUCUGGCCAUCUUCACAUGUGAGAGGGCAACUGAAAGAGGAGAGAGGUGGGUGCACCCAGCCCAGGUCUUCAGGGGACACCUUGCUUAGGAACUCCUGUGACCAGGCUCAGAAACCUUAUCCCAUGCUUGAACGGACCUGGUGAGAGUCACAACACUGCUUGCCCUGGAGCGAACUGUCCAUGCAACGUCACGUGGACCACCAUCCUUCACACCUAGGCAGGGCCCUAGAGGGAGUGUGUGAGGGGUUUCUAAUUCCUUUCUCCACGUGUCUGCCUUGGCAUCCUCUUGAAUCUGAAGACAGUUCUAUAUUCUACCUAGGACAGGCCCGGAAGAUCAGACACACUUGUUUCCAUCACGAUAGAACACUGUGCUUGGUUUGGUGCCCUUAAUAUUUAUUACUAACCUCCUUUAAGCAGCAGCAGCCCAUAAAAAGACGCUUGGAGCAAUCGGGAUUUAACGUAUGACUAUGGCAUGGCUUGCACUGUUGCCCUACCACGUAGGCCUUCAAGAUCACAACAAGGCCCAGAUGCCAUCCUUGGAUUGUUACUGGCCUGGGUCCCAAAACAAGCAGGUUCCUCAGAGCAUCUGGGUCAGGGAAGACAAGAAAGGGGAACCACCGGCUCUGACUCCUUCCGGCCACGCAUGGUUCCAGGGCACAUGAGGACAGAGGGCACAUGCACAGCCUCCUAGAGACCAGCAGCCUGACAGCACUUUGCCACUUCCAAAUGGACCCCAGCAUUUAAGUGACCUUCCGAUCUUGGAAAACAACGUCUUCCUUCUUUAUCUGUAGCAAUUCAUAGGUAGUAGCUGUCUGUCCCAAAGGAACAUGGCUAAGUUUUGCUGCGUGACAGGUUGUGAGACUUCUGUUUGAUCACUGUGAAUAAGCCCUCCUCUUCCUAACCCACCCCUGACUUCCUCUCUGUACAGUUUCUAAGUGGGACACUCAGAAAUCUGUCUCCCAGGAACUCAGAUUACCUUACUCAGAUGUGUGACCUCCGUACUAGGCUAAGGAGGUAUCAGCAGUAGAAAUUGGGCAGUCUUAUGUUUAAUGCUUCUUUGUGCUCAGUGUUUUUCCAUUCUGAGGCUCAGUUGUGCCAGUUAAGCGAGUCAGUGUGUUCCCAGUGUGGUCAGCAUGUCCUCACUUCUGGAGUCAUGGCCAUUCACACUCAUGCUACAAAUUGCCGUGCAGGGGGAAUCUAGUAUAUUGGGCCAGAUUAAGAUUCUCUGAAUAACACUUCCUCUAAAAAGAAGCCACAGAAAUUUUUAAAAUCUUUUUGGUCUUAACCUGUAUAAUAAAACGGUUUAGAAAGCACUAAAA